UGGCAGGAGAUUAUAACUUCAACGAUAAAAUAAAUCCUAAAACUGCUGAAAUGCUAUGCUUAAAAAAUGUGGUAGGCCGGGCCAAUGAUAUUUAAACCAGCCUUUUUAUAAGGGAACGCCGGCGAUCUUAGCUGUUUGCUGACAGACAUUUCACAGGGGGCGUGAGUUAAUACUUUGCGUUUUUUUAAUUAUGUUUGAAGCAAUAAACGUCGGGCGGUGGGAUGAUAAACUCCCUGGAAUAGAAAACUACAUUUGACGUGCAUAUUUAAUGCGAGGAUCCUGUUGCCGCGGUCGACACCGUCUGAACUGUUCUCCAGACAGCCCUCCCCGAACUGUUAUACUGUACACUGGGAGCCGUGGAAGUAACGUUUUUUUCAUAAAAGGAGAACAAUUUCCGGCAAAAUACGCAUGCUUCUGUGAACACUGAUGUCAACACGGGCAUGGGGAUGAGAGGAGGAUCAGGUGAGUGAGGGGAGGAGGGGGUUGUCCGUGCAAACACACAGUACUGGUAUCGGCCUCUCCAGUCUAGACGACCCCUCUUACCCCAGCUCCUGGGGACCCCGGCGGCCCCUCGCCCCAAACUUGCUCCAAGUUUAUCCCGGAGUGAAUAUUGAGAGCAGCCUCGCCGGGACUCCGCGGUGAUGGCCAAGAGCCGAUCUCCAGACACCAAAGCCAGAAUCAGGACCAAGUUCGCCGAGUAUGUUGGUUCCUUUACUGUAGAGGAUCAAGAUCUUGAAGGAAUGACAUGGCGAAUCCAUCAACAGCUUCAUUUUCUGAAGAAGUUUCCUCGGAAAAUGGCAGUAAUACUGAAAUUCUCAUCACAAGGAAUAAAGAUGUUUAAUGAAAAUAAAGAGAUACUGUUGAUGGCUCAUGCCCUGAAAAGAAUCCUGUACACGACGUGUCAACCCUUGGACUGCCAGUUUGCAUUUGUCACACGCAACCCCUGCAGACCACCAACUGAGCUCUUCUGCCACCUGUUCGUCACUGCACAGCCAAACGAGGCAGCAAUUCUGAAUUUACAGCUAUGCCGGAUGUUCCAAGUUGCUUACUGCAUGAAAUACAAGAAGGAACAACAAAGUAGUCCACCUGUAAUUAAUUGUUCUACUCGGGAAACUCCUGUGAAACCAGGCUCCCCAGUACUUUCAACAAAGCUUGUGAAAGAACGGUAUGGAGACCUGGAGGUUUCCCUGAAUGUCAGUGCCUUGGUGACCUUCAGGAGGAUAUCAGAAGAGGAAAUCAGAGCAACAGAAGUAAAAAAGCAAAAUGACCAGGAUACAGAGGAAACCUUUAAAAGUGAAAACUAUGGAUAUUGCACCAGUAGUCCAAAUGUUCCUUCAAGUGGUACAAAGGCUCAAGCAAAAGAAUUGGAUCCACUGGAAGACUGUCCAUUCUCUUCACUAACACUAGUGCGAAAGAAAGCUAUACGUAAUAAAGGGAUCAGGUCAGGAGCUUACAGGAGCUCUACCUUCAAGAGACAAUUUCAAGAAGCACUUUUAGAUGGCUACAGUUGCAGGUGGGGAGAUGACCUCUUGGAAUCCUGGAGAGCACUUGCACCACUACAGCAUGAAGAAGUCCUAAUGGACACUGUCUGGGCCAGCGCUGGGAUACCUAGGGAUUGUGCCUUAGAACUUUUAAAACGUGAUGUUCUGGGAGCUUUCUUACUUUGGGCGAAUUCUGGCCUUCUAAAGUGCUGGACACUGAUGAUGCGGACUCCAUUUGGUGUGAUAAACUACGUGAUCUGUACAAAUGAUGAAGGCAAAUGUUAUCUUGAGCAUCUGAACACACAAUUUCCCAGUAUAAAAGCCUUGAUAGAACAUUACACAACAAUGGAAGAUGGUUUGUUUUGUUGUCUAAGUGCUUCAAGGCUAAAUCAUUGUUAUGAAGAACAGGAUUCUGCAGUAUGUGAUGACUUGUAUGCGGCUCCAACAAAACCCGAGGACAGGUUACUUCAGAUUAGAAAGUAAAUCGUUUAUGAUCUGAAAAAGUUGGUUCCUUUUGGACAUAAGAAGAGACUGCCUGCAAAUUAUGAUAUGCAAAAUGGUUUCGGAAAAUCAAAUGCAAAUAAACUUGAAUUUGCCACAUAAA